UAAGCAGAUGGAUGGCAAAAAUGUUGCCAUCAUAAAUACAUCUGAAAUUAAUUUGAAUAAAAAGUCUCUUACUUGUGGUUUUACUGGUAUCGAUAGAAAUGCAAGAAAAGGAACCGCCAGGAUAACAUUCCAGUCUGAUAUUGCAGAUCGCACGGUACGUGUAUUUGGUCUGCCCAGACCAAAUGUUUUGUACGAGUACCUCAGCGGUAACACGUGGACGACUAUCUACGAGUACACAGCUAACGAAACCAUCAAUAUGGGAUGUGCUCUAAAUGUCGUAGCUAAUGGAAAUUAUAAAUUUGUAUGGAAUUUCAAAGGUAAAGAUUUAGGUGAAUAUUAUUAUACAAACGACUUGGAGGCUAUAAAAUAUUCAACUGAAAAUUUUACAAGAACAUUAAGUGGAAUCGAUGAUGAAACAGUGAUAAAAUGCAUUGCUUAUGAACAACCAAGUUUUUACAAGGUUACCGAAGUAAAAUUACAACUAAAAUAUGAAUCUAAUACAGAAAAUUUGGAAAUAGAAAUGAACAAAUAUGGGUCCAUAGCAUUAAUACUACUUUACCUAGCCGUCUGUGCUAUCUUUAUUGCUAUUUUGAUAUACAGCCUUAUUUUCUGGUGCAGAAGGGCAAAAUUGGCGAGACUACUUAACAAUUCUUACAACCACAUUUCCGACCAUGACGCAAGCCCAAUACCGACAUUUCCAACGCAAUGGGAUGACAAUGAUCACUACACGAAAAUUGAUGAAGAUGUUACGCAAGAAAAUUACUCGUAUGCAAAUAAUGAUGAAUUGCUUAAAUAUCCGAACUUAAGGCAGAGCCACGCUCCAUCAGAAAAUCACUAUACAGAAAUCGAUGAAUAUUUCAAAGCACCAGUUAAAUUAGCCAAUAAAAAUAUUAACCAAGUAAUACACAUUACUAAAAAUAGAUCUAAAGCUAAUAAAGAAAAUAAUGCUAAUGAAAACACAUACGAUAAAUUGAUGCGUAAUGGUAAUUUGAAGAAAUUAAAUACGGAAAAAGUGAUGGUUAAUGAAUCACUAGAUGUAAAAAAUAAUGAUGGUCAUCAACAUAAUUAUAAAAAUAUUAAUUCAAUCACAAAUAUAAAUGAUAGUGCGUAUGCAUACGCAUACGACACACGACCAACUGCCGCAAAAAGUCCGAAUAGAGACAGGAGUGCUUUGGAUUAUGAUGUUCCUUAUGGUACUUGUGAAGUUAAUGAAGAAAAUGGCUGUUAUGUAGGCCCAGAUACCUAAAG